CUUCAGAAAAAGCCACUCAGAAGUUGCGGAACCGUCGCCGAGGCUUGUGUGAAGGCAGCCCGGGGGAAACUUUCCGAAGCUCAGCGGGCGAGUAUUAAAGAGCACAGAGGCGUCUCUUGGUUUCUCUGUGCCUUUAAAAAAAAAAAAAAACUUUUCGUUUUUCCUAAAAAAAGAUUAAACCUCCGUUUAGGAAGCGCGCCUAAGCGAGCACUUCGGCGGCGUAUAGGAUGCCGUUCCGUGGGAAUUUUGAAUAAGGAGACGUAGUAUUAAUCACAGAGAAAUGGUAAUGGCAUUCCCAGAAUAUUCAAGGGAAUCUAGUGGGACAGAAGAGGGUGACUUGUCCUUCUGUAGUCAAAUAAUCAUGAUUUUGCCAAUUUGGAGUCUUUGGUUUCUCUCAAUUGCUGGAGCUAAAAGUCUUAGUGCUGAAAAGGUCGUCCCAUUUUGUGGCAUUGCUGAUUGCAAUUUUCAUGGGAAGAGUCUGCACACAUUUCCACUGGGCCUAUCAGAUGCUGUCUUGGGACUGGACCUGGCCUUCAAUAGCAUUGUGCACAUUCAAGAUGUUGACCUAAAGUUUGCAGUCAAUCUUAGAACACUUUUGCUUCAAUCCAAUUUAAUUCAAACAAUCGAUGAGCAUGCUUUUGACUUCCUUGGAAAACUGGAGCACUUGGAUUUAUCAUGGAACAACUUGACCUACUUGUCACACUCUUGGUUCAGAAAUCUUUCUUCUUUACAGAAAUUAAACCUAAAGGGAAAUUCCUACUCAAAACUUGGGAUACUUCCAUUAUUUUCUGGCUUACAAAAGCUGAGAUAUCUAUACCUGGGAAAUGAUCAAUUCUCUUCUUUACAGGCAAAAGAUUUUGAAGGAAUUUCAGUUCUUGAAGAACUGGAGAUUGAAGGACAGAAUCUUACACAAUAUUCACCAGGAGCCCUACAGUCUCUUGAUCACAUAAAUCACAUUAUUUUGAAUGUUCCUGUCAAUUUCAUCUUGAAUUGGACUUUAGUUGAUGUUAAAAAUUCUGUGGUGUUUCUUGAACUGAGAAAUAUACACAACCUUUCAUCCCUUAUCAGUUAUUUCGAAAAGGUUCCAAUAACUGCUCAAAAGCUUGUAUUUAGAGAUAGUUAUUUUUUAGAAAAUCAGGUUACUCACAUAAUUAAUGCAUUAUCUGGUAUGACCCAGUUACAAGAGUUAGAAAUUAUAGAUAGCACAUUACAAGGUACUGGGCAGUUCUAUACUAGUCCGCGCAUUUUAAGUAAUGUACAUAUAAUAACAAUUAGGAAUUUAAAAAUAGAUUUAUUUUAUUUAUUUUCAGAUCUUUCAAGCAUGUUGUAUCUUGUAGAGAAUAUUACCAGACUGACCAUUGAAAAUACAAAAGUUUUUCUUGUGCCUUGCGAACUUGCAAAAGAAUUCAGUUCAGUACAGUAUCUUGAUAUCAAUACAAAUUUGCUUCAGGAUUCGUUUUUUGAGCAUUCAUUCUGUCCAGGCAGUUGGCCUAAACUGCAGACUCUCAAUGUUAGUCAAAAUUCUUUGACAUAUCUUGAUCGGAUGGCUCGAAGUGUGGCUCAUUUAGUCGAUCUUACUAAUCUAGAUGUAAGUCAGAAUAAUUUAGAACAAAUGCCAGAGUCGUGUCAUUGGCCAAAAAGCUUGAAAUAUUUAAACAUUUCUGGCUGUAAAGUAGAGAAACUUACAGGUUGCAUCCCUGACUUUUUAGAAAUUCUGGAUGCAAGCAACAAUUUCCUCCAUGAUUUUAAGGUGAGCUUGCCUCAUCUUCAGGAACUUUAUCUUACAAAUAAUAGGUUCAAAGCUCUACCAGAUGCUGCCUUCAUCCGUCAUGUAAGGUUUGUGACUAUUAGAGAAAACAGUGUGUUUGUGUUCUCUGAGCAGGAACUGCAAGAGUUUGUAGAACUGAAGUUGCUGGAUGCCCGUAAUAACAGUUUUCAAUGCACGUGUGGUUUUGUUUCCUUUGUACAGUCUUAUCCAAGAAUAUAUAAUAUCUGCGUUGGUUGGCCUGAAAAUUACAUCUGUGAUUCUCCAGAUUAUGUAAAAGGGGAUCAGAUCGGAGUUGCCCAGCUGCAACUGACUGACUGUCACUUUAGUUCUUUUGUGUCCAUCCUUUGUAUUCUGAUAAUCCUGAUCAUCUUGGUGUCAGCAUUUCUUUGCUACAAGUUUCAUGUCAUUUGGUAUAUACGCAUGACUUUGGCUUGGCUCAAAGCAAAACGCAAGCCUCAAAGGACCCAUAACCAGGCAGUCUGCUACGAUGCGUUCGUUUCCUACAGUGAACAAGACUCGGAAUGGGUGGAAAAUAUUAUGGUGCAGACGUUGGAGCAAUCAAACCCUCCAUUUAAACUGUGUCUUCAUAAAAGAGAUUUUAUGCCUGGCAAAUGGAUUGUAGACAAUAUUAUUGACUCCAUUGAGAAGAGCUCUAAAACCCUGUUCGUGCUUUCGGAGAAUUUUGUACGGAGUGAGUGGUGCAAGUAUGAAUUGGAUUUUUCUCACUUCCGUUUUUUUGAUGAGAAUAAUGACACGGCCAUUUUGAUCCUCCUGGAAUCUAUUCCAAUUAAAACCAUCCCAGAAAGGUUUUGCAAACUCAGAAAAUUAAUGAAUACCAAAACUUAUCUUGAAUGGCCAAGUGAUAAAGAUCAAGAAGAGUUAUUUUGGUUUAAUUUGAAAACGGCAAUAAAGGCCUAGGUGAGAAGUUGGUAUAAUAGACCAUUUCCAUUAGUUUUAGCAGCAAUUUUGGUGUGAGGAAUUUUUUAUGGUUCAGAAUAUACAGUCCAGUCCAGUCCAGUAGCAGGAGGCAAAUGGGCUUCCAGAAGUGUGAUUCCUUGAACCCGAGGCUUUUUCUUCAUCGUGUACUUUGACUGGUUUUCACUCAGCAGAAAUAUCAGGAACACGCAACACUGCCUUUGUCCAAGUUUUGCACAUAAAUCUCAACUCUUCAGAUAUUUAUGAGAAAGAAGAAUUUAGCAGGGGAGGAUAUAGCAGCUAAGGUACAGUUCUAGCAGAGUCUUAAAAAGUAAAGGUAAAGGUUCCCCUUGCACAUACGUGCUAGUUGUUUCCAGCUCUAGGGAUGGUACUCAUCUCUGUUACAAAGCCGAAGAGCCAGCGCUGUCCAAAGACAUUUCCGUGGUCAUGUGGCUGGCAUGACUAAAUGCCGAAGGCGCACAGAACGCUGUUACCUUCCCACCAAAGUGGUCCCUAUUUUUCUACUUGCAUUUUUACAUGCUCUCGAACUGCUAGGUUGGCAGAAGCUGGGUCAAGUCAUGGGAGCUCACUCCGUUAUGUGGCACUAGGGAUUCGAACUGUCAGCCUUUCCGAUCAACAAGCUCAACGUCUUAGCCACUGAGCCACCGCGUCCCUCGUUCUAUUAAUUAAUCCUAAUAAUAUUGUAAGCAGAAUCUUAGAACCAAUUAAUUGAAAGAGAUUGAGAGAAUUGAUAGAUAAAAUUUAUGGAUUGCAUUAAGCCACGUUUUGCUUAAUUGUGAUAUAUUCAACAAGAUCAUCCUAAGCUGUAAAUCUUGAUUUACAAAUCACAGGGGCUCCAUAGCACAGAGAAGCCACACUGUGUUUAGUGUGAUGUGUCCACUGAGUUAACUUAGGUGUGCCAAGCAAAUGAAGCCAGCAAAGGGAACCAACACAGAUAGUUUUUCUGUCAUGAUUAAUUAUAAAAAGUAGCAUUUAUUACAUAACAUAACAAGAGCAUAUAUUGUAUGAUUGUUUAUUGUUUAAAUAUUAAACAAGUAUAAAUAUGCUGUAAUUUAAGUUAUUUUCUAUUGUUGUUUUUUUAGAAUUUAGUGGUUGCUAAGAGCAAACAACCUCUUGAUGGCACAUAAUCACUCAAUUGCUAGAUGGCAUUUUAUUGCUUUUUAUUAUCUUUUGAAAGUUGGAGUCAUUAAGAAAUAGGCAGCCAAUAAAUCAGUUAAAUGCAUGAAAUGAAUAAGUUGUUUAGUUGAAUACAUCCUAAGAUGAACCAUAUGCUGGAACUUCCUGUUAUUUUCAGUAUUUGAGAAAGUGGCCAGCAUAUUUGCAUUAUGCUUCCUUGAUUUUUUUGAAGGGCAAAAGCCACUUCCUGUAGCUAUUUUAAUUUAUUGAUUGUAACAUAUGAAAAAUGUAUUUUCUGGUAAGAUUUUACACUUAUUGAUUUAAAAUAAAGUACUUAACUAUUUAGUACUUCUAUAUUCUAGUUAUUUAUUUGGAUCAUCAAGAGAUAUGUAUCCAUAAUACUGUUAAGCUAAAACAAUAUCUAGUUUCCAUUGGAGCCAGCCAUUCAGUGCCUUCUAUGGCCAACUUCUGCAGGAAUAAACAUGCUUAAAAAUGA